CUGGCUCAUUGUAACUGACGCACACGUUCCGUCAACACGCAUUACUUUACAAUCUUAUGCUUAUACUGUACAAAACAAUUACAUUUGUACGCCGAAAAUCACAUUUAAAUUAUAAAAAUAUCGUGUUUAAUUAUUUUAACGUCAAAUUUCUGUCUAUUCAUAUCAACGCAAUAUAACCUCAUUUUUGAUAACAUACAAUUGGUUUGAAUAAUGGAAGGAAACUCACCAGAUACUUCAGAAAAUUUGACAGAAGUAAUAGAGCGAAUGUUCAAUCAUCUUCAGAAUGUUAAAUUUGAAGACAUGGAUGAAUUGGAAAAAGAAGAAAUUUACGACGUUCUCACGCAGGGUCUUCAAGAAAGUGGUGCCAUAAAACCGGAUAAUUCAAUCGAUUUGAAUUCUUUUUUGGGUUUCAAUGUGAUGAAUAUUAGAAUAUUGCCUGCAGAUUCCCCAGUAGCACAUUUUUUAAAAAAGUAUGGCAGCUGUUUUCCAAUAAAAGGUGAUACUCCUAAAGAAUCAGUGAAGUUACUAGUUAACCGUAUGAAUGAAAAAAUCACACCAAACCAGCCUGAUCAAAAUGAUAAUAAGGAAGCUGCAAAUAAUUAAAUUUAUUUACUAAAUAA